AAGGCAUUAGACCAGUUGUCCCGGGCGGGUCUGUGUGUAAGUUUGCGCAGUGGCAAUGCUAAGGGAGUUACCGGCUUAUGUUCCGUACUCUGUGAUUCAUUGUGGCUACACGCUAGCAGUAGCACUAGCUGUGUCUUGGAUUUAUUCUUGCACAUUCCCGGAUUCUUAUUCUCAUACUCUGCUUUCAAGAGGAUAUCUCUACCGUUCCAAGGGACUGAAGACCUGUUACGCGUUGCGGACCGAAGGACGAGGGAGUUAGCAAGUCGAUCCCAGACACGUUGGGACUGGGGAUCACGAUGGGGACUUGUACUGUUUGUCUCUUUACCCUAGCACUUACAUUCCUUACCACCUGUACGCAGGGCCAAGUUACCUCACACGAUGGCCUACCAGUGAUAAAAACACAUCCGCACGAGAAUUACUAUAUUGUGAAAAGAAAACCAGUGACAGUUACGUGCGAAGCAUAUGACGCUAUGCAAAUUACCUUUCACUGUUCAGGACAAGAUAUAGAGGCAGCAAAGCAGGAAAACUUUCAGACAUUCGACCCAGAGUCUGGGCGGAUUUUAGCCAAAUCAAGCAUCAGAGUUACGCAAGACGAUGUCCGACGACACAGAGGGAAGGAGUACUGGUGCGAGUGUUAUGCCUGGGCGGCUGGGGGUGAUGAUUCCUCCCACUCCGGAGAUCGUCGCUCUCAGAGCAGACGCGGAGUGAUUUCAGUAUCUUAUAUAAAACGAAAGUUUAUUGAACAACCAGGCUCGCAGACGACAGAAGUCGGAUCCAAGGUUUUGAUGAAAUGUUCCCCUCCCGAGGCGCAUCCGACACCAGAGAUAUUUUGGAGGAAGGACAAACGGAGGCUGUCGCCGGAGGCCGAUAACAACGUGGUCAUCAACGACGACGGCUCGCUCGUCAUCCACGUGGUGAGGAAGUCGGACGCCGGCGAGUACAGCUGUAUCGCGCGUAACCCAUCGGGGCGGAGAGAGAGUCGGUCAGGGACAUUGACUGUUAAAGACAAAUCUAAGGUCCAUACCAAAGCGAAGGCGGACACUAAUGAAGGCGUGGAACAGUCUGCCUCUGAUUCGCCGGCCGCCAUCUCGGCCAGGUUCCUGGAGGAGCCAGACUCCAUGUACUACGUCACCAGGUCCAGGCCUGUCACCAUCACAUGCACGGUCAAAGGAGCAGAAGUCUUAGACUUCAGGUGCAACGGACGGAGAAUUCCCGAAGAGAAGAUCGAGAAACAGCGGUCUGAGACCCGUGUAGCCAGUGAGCGGGUGAUCAAGGUGCGGUACGAUAUCGUUGCCCAGGAGGUGGAGGAGCACGCCCGCACAAGUGGCGGGGGAGACUUCAGCUGUGAAUGUCACUCGUGGUUCCUCCAGGACGGGAAAUGGGCCAGCGUGCAGAGCAUGACGGGAGUCGUGAAGAUGGCCUCUCUUGGUGAUCGAUUUGUGCAAGAUCCAGCCGACCAAAUGGUCAAACCAGGAUCGACGGUCAAAUUUACCUGUCAGCCACCAGAGGGAAAUCCAACUCCAGAGAUAACGUGGAUGCGCAAUGGCGCAGCAAUCGACGAGUCACAAUUCCGGAAUUUAAGAGUAAGAGAUGGCGUCCUGACGUUGACCCGGGUGACGCGACGAGACAUGGCCGACUUCUCCUGUACGGCGUCCAACAUAGCAGGAACGCGCAACAGUGGUGCAGCAAGGCUUACCGUCUCAGAGCGUGCGGUUGUGGUGGAACCCGACACGACCACGGAGAUGAUGACGAGCGGAAGGCCGACCCCUCCACCAGAUGGAGCUCCGAUCUAUCUGACAAACCUGGACGACUACUACUACGUGAUUGGUCACAAACCCGCGACACUGACCUGCAAAGUGCAAGGAGCAGACAACCUCAGAUUUAGGUGCAACAAUAGGCGUCUGGCGGAAAACCAGCAGCAGGUAAAUCGGGUGCGAGAUGACGCCACUGGCGAGAUGAUACUGGAGGGCACUACAACCGUCUCCCGCGCUCAGCUCGAGAGGUAUGCCGGCCAAGGCGAAUUCACCUGUGAGUGUGUCGCCUGGUACACAGAGAUGCGCACGUGGAAGUUUCUCAAAAGCAACAAGGCAACAGUAGCAUUUGCCCAUUUAAAGAGACGAUUCCAGAAGCAGCCAACAGAUAUGGUUCUGAAUGUUGGAGGCGUUGCAACAUUUGAGUGUCUGGCACCAGAAGGAAACCCAAAACCAAUGAUUUACUGGUCCAAGGACAGGACUCGACUGGAUGUGGAUUCUGACGACAGGAUCCGGGUCCUCUUGGAUGGCGGUCAGCUGGAGAUCAGCAACGUGCGGACAUCCGAUGCCGGGCGGUACACGUGCGAGGCGGAGAACCCAGCCGGCGUGAAGAUGUCACGACCCGCCGUCCUCACGGUGGAAGGUGAGGUCGUGUGGGAACGAGACGAUGUCGACAGAACAGACUUGGAAUCAUCGACAGCACAGGGGACAUCAGCUGAGUCAACACCUGAACCUGAGCCGGAGACGACGGCAGAGCCCCCAGCGACAACAGAAUCCAACGUUCCAGAACUCGUGCCUGGCGUCCCAAUAUUCAUAAAGGAGCCUAAACAGGUGUAUUACAUUGUCAGAGAUUCUCCAAUAACCAUCACUUGCAGAACCCUAGGCGCAGAGCACCUGAUGUUCAACUGUAACGGGAAGAGGAUUCCCGAGGGCAUCAACGAUACCUACACGGCCAUCGACCCCGAGACUGGAUUUAAGAUCCUCGAGAGGAGUAUUCAGGUACAGCGGUCAGAGGUGGAGAAUUCUGAUAACUACGAAUGUGACUGCACAGCUUGGUACGCCCUCCCAAAUGCUCAGGAUUGGAACAAAAUGCCCAAGAAAACAAUGAUUGAAAUAGCAUACAUUAAGAAACGAUUUAUGCAAGAGCCAGUGAGUCAGAGCGUUCAGAUGCAUGUUACUACUGAAAUACCAUGCAGUCCACCAAAGGCUAAUCCAGAACCAAAGGUUUAUUGGCUAAAAGAUAAUGAGAAGAUUAUGGAAGCAGAUGAUCCGAACUUCACGGUUACCAGCAGCGGAAGUCUAGUGAUUAGGGAGAUGCACAAAGAAGAUGCUGGAACGUAUGUGUGUGUUGCAGAGAAUGUUGCAGGCAAGAGGAUGUCAUCAGCAAUACAAAUUACAGUCUAUGAUGGCGAAGCAGGUCCUGAGCCAACACCAGAAGGUAAAGAAGAGGAAGAGGUGAAAACUGUACAACCAGUGGUUAGCGAGGCAACAGAUGGACCACCAGUAUUUCUGCAAGAGCCUGACUCCAUGAGCUAUGUCGUUAAAGGCAAGUCUACUGUGUUGUCAUGCCAGGCAGAGAAGACUGGGAAAAUCACAUUCUACUGCAAUGAUGCCCACGUCGAUCCGUCUAGAGUGACUCUGACCGAGACGGUGAACGACGACACCCAGAAGCAUUCUCUGGUCGCUACUUACGGCGUCACGCGAGAAGACAUCGCACAAUCCGCUGGAGGGUCGGAGUACACCUGUCAGUGCUUCGCGUGGUACAGGAUGUCUGGAGAUUCUACAGACCAGUUCGUCAGCAGCAGAAGUGGAGUCGCCGUGCUCGCAUUUAUAAAAGGACCAUCAGUGAAAGAAGCUAAGAUGGAAACGGGAGAUGCUGGACAACUUGUGUCACUGAAGUGUUCACAGGCAAAAGGAACACCUUGGCCCAAGGUGUCAUGGCAGAAGGAUGGGGAGCUUAUUGAUGUAAUGGAAGACAGUAAUCUGGUCAUACCCAACGAUGGGUCACUGGUCAUUCUGAAGGCCCGACUUGCAGACAGCGGCAGAUAUGCGUGCAUCUCGGAGAACGUGGCCGGCAGGAAGCAGAGUGCUCUGGUGGAUCUAACGAUCAAGGGACCUGAAAUGACCACCACCGCAGAACCAGAACAUGUUCCAGAAAUUAGUGUUCCCAUUGGAUCCAUCGGUGAAAACGUGACCGAUUCCAUGUAUAAUGAUACGGAAGUCACGCCAUUGCCAGAAUCGAGUCCAGAGGCUGGGAUCAGUGAGGUCAAUGUCACUGAAUCAGUUCAUAAUUCAACAGAAUAUGUAAUUGUUAAAUCAGAACUGGAAACAGAAAAUACAACCGUGGCACAUCAGACAACUCCGCCAUCUUACAAAAACAUUACUGAUGAUGACGAUAGACGCAAUGUCUCCAUGACAGAUAUUGUCAGCAGCACUUCCGGCUGGACCGGUGCCGGAGAGACGGAAACAGCAAGUAUUCCGGAAGUUAUUGACAAUACGACCAUGGAGGAGACGACAGGCGGUGCUAGCGUCCCGGAUUCCGAACCAGAACCUACGUCAGAACCGGAAUCAACACCGGAAUCCAGCGCAGAAUCCACGUCGGAAGCAGACCACACAACACCCAACAUUAACGAGUGUAUGACGAUGUUCAGGGAAUGCAACGCCAUUUUGAAUGAAAAAUCGGUCGACACGUCUUCAGAUCCUAGUGCAAUGUGCAAGGUUAGAGUCAACUAUACCAAGUGCACAGAUAAUUUUAUGGACGUAUGUUCGGGCUUCAUACGACCGGAACUAAUGGAAACCAUGACAACCACGAGAGAAGGUUUUGAUAAAUACUGUAAAUCGAGCUCAACCAAACCAGAUAAAGAUGCCGAGAUGGCGUUUCCUGGGUGUAGAAAACUACAAAUGUGCUAUUCCAAGUUCCGAUCAGAAAUCAACAUGCAAGCUAUUUUGUAUUCAUGUGUGGCAUUGCAGAACUACUUGCACUGCGCCGAGGAUGCUAUAACGAUCUGCAACAUACAGAAACCAAGUGACACCAAGACAACUCUGUCAGAUAUUGCCGGCUGGUUCUCGGAAUACUGUUCGCGAAUUCCAUUAAUGGACAAAGGUCUUAAACGGUGUGAAAAACGAGAUGUCUGCAAACUACCCCUGUCCAGCAACACAACGGCAAAGCAGACGAUUAAUGUUAAUCACUGGUGCCCAUUCCUCCAUUCCACGGUUGCGUGUACACAAGUGAUCGUGUCGGAGUGUGUCCUCAAAAACUCCAAGAAUCUUGAAUCAGACAUCCACUACUUAAACACACAGGCACACAAACACUGCCCAACAGGUAACAAUGAACAUCCGGAGGGAGGCGUUGUUGGACAAACAAAAGAUGCUGGCAAUGAAAAUGCAGCAGCCAGCACCGUGAUAUCAACGUUUGCAGCUACACUACUUCCGAUCCUAGCAGCCCUUGUAAUUGCUUAUAGAUAGACCCAACGCUUCUUUAGUCCGUACAUUGGAAAAAUUUUAACUUGUUUAUGGAAAUCUUGUGUUUGUACAUGUGGUAAUAGUAAUUUUAUACUCAUCAUGUUGUAAUAAUUCUUUAUAAUGUACAGCAUUCUUCAUGUAGGCCACGGUCUUUACAUAGUUUUUACAUAGGUAAUUUCUGGAAAUAAACCUAUUACAUCAUCAUGUUUGCAAUAUAUUCUCCGUGUCUCAAGAUGGCGAUUUUCGUCGCAUUCUCGAAAUUUCGUUUUUGUCCUUUUAAUGACCACCACAACCGACAUGCCUUCGUUUUACUGCUGAGUGUUAAUACAUGAGGGAUAGUGGAGGGGUGGGGAGGGGGCGGGUAUACAUUUUAUUAAAAUAUUUCUGUCUUCUGUGUAAAUGUAUUUAAUAUUAAAAUGUUUGUGUAUAUUUUAAUUCUUUGUUAUAUUCUAGUUAAGUAUUUGGAUGGAUGUUAGUAAAAUAUUUUGUAGUUUGUGACUUGUUGAGAAUAUAAAUGUACUUGUAUUGCACAAACAAUAUGUUACAAAGAAACUAAAAUGACCACAAAGCAAAGAAUAUUCUUUUAUUGCUGCCUUGUCCUACAGACAUAUUGGAAUUGCACCGUAAAUCUGUUUACAUGAACACAGAUGUGUGAAUUGAGGAAAAUGACCAGUUACUUGUGUUAUUUGAAAAUUAAUAAACAUAAACUGUUAAACCAUGACGACAAGCCUCUAUAACAAAACAUUAAUGUUUGUCACAGCAAAAUGGAUUUUCCAUAAUGAUACCAUGAGUUUAAUAAACUCAAAUUUAAAGUGACAUGAUGAUAUUUAUAGAACUAUCCUGUUUUGAUUUUAUUUUCUUUUCAAACGAUUUAAUUAUGCAACUCAUUGUUUUGUUACUAGAAACCACUUGUGCUCUUAAACUAUUUAAAGUAUUCGUAGAUUUGUUUCUAAUAAAUGCUUCAAAGACAUUUGUAAAUAUAUACAUAUACCUUAUUUGUGUUGCGUUUAUACGGAUUGCACAUGUAGAAUCUGAGAUUUAGACAUUAUGUUUGCAAUAUACUGUUCCUAGAAUUGCUGAGAUUUUCUUCUCAAUUUCGUUGUUUGUUUCAUGUCGUUAAUCAUACUAGAACAUAAGUCUGCGAGUUUUUAUAUCUAAGAAUAGUGGGGAACGUUUAAUAUUAUUUUUAAUGUUUAAUACCCCGUCUAACAUGUAUAUUUAACAAUAAAAUGUACAUAUUUUACGGCCCAUCUUAUAUUAAUAAUAUCAGUUGGUUUGUAUAAAAUAUGUGUAGGUUAUGUAUUUAGAUAGGUUUUACAGAAUUUAGUUAGUGCUGCCUAUCAGAACUAAAAUAUUUGCGUUCUACCAAGAGAUGUGCCAAUAUUAACCGAAAAUAUAUCUGCUUUCGGUCAAGAGAUGUGCCAGUGUUAACCGAAAUUUUUCGAUUGGCAAUGUCUGUGUUCCCUCAAAACAUAUGCCAGUGUUAACCAAAUAUAUUCCAUCGGCAAUGUCCGCGUUCGGCCAAGAGAUAUGCCAGUGUUAACGGAAAAUGUUUGAUCGGCAAUGUCUGUGUUCUGUCAAGAGAUGUGCCAGUGUUAACGGGAAAUAUUCCAUCAGUUUCAUCUAGUCCUAUGGACGUCUAGAGCAAAAUGUAUACAGCUACAAAAUGUGUCUACAGCUGAUAAUACGUGUGUUAGGGUGUAACUUGCACACUGCAUGGCAUCAUCACUUGGGUUUAGUGAACAAUAUCUCUUGGUUUUUGUUAUGUCUCGGUGUAUAGUUUAUUGUCAACAGUGUCUGCGUUUGUGUUUUUGUCGCUUUGAAAGAUAGUGUUUUUCAACAACUUGUAUGUGAUCGUUGAAAGUAUCAAAUGAAACGACCACCAGAGAUGUUGAAUUUGAGAAGUAGUUUUAGUGACCUAGGAAAAACAACAACACACAUCAACUUGUAGAAUUAUGAGGUGUAUUUUAAACUAAGUUAGACUAAAGAUAUAUUUUUAUUGAAUGCUUCACGACGCAUGUUAAUUGGAUAUAUGUUUGUCUUCAGUUUGUACGGAUUGCUUAGCUAGAUUAGGAGACAAGAUGUCACGCAAAAUUAACCUAACACAAUUUUCAGGGAAAUUAAUAGAAUAUUUAAUUUAAUCACAUUUUAAUAAAAAUCGUAAUUCAUUUCGAACUGUAAGCUUUGAUAGGAAUAUAGUGAACAUUUAAACUGUUCACAUCUGGCUACAAAGGACGGAAGUAGCAGUUGUUUAUUAUAGACAGGCGGUUUUUAACCCAAGAUUCCCUUUAAUUAACAUUCAUCUGUACCUAGAUUUUAUUUAAAUAAAAUUAUUAAUAUAUUACCUGAAUAUAAUGUUACGUUUCUUUUGUGUGUUAGUACACCUGUAGUUUCGUUAUCGUGUUUGCGGUAUACUGUUCGUUCCGAGAUAGCGAAUGUUUCUUUUUCGUUCCUAAUCUGUCUUUCCCGUGUUUAUAAUUAAAGCUGACCUGCCUUUUUUGUACGCUGAUUUUUUUUUUACAUACUUGAGUGAAUGGGAACAUUUCGCUCUAAGUAUCUACACUCCUCUGUCUUCCAUGUAGAUGGUUUUUGAUAAUAAAAUGUUUGUGUACA